ACCAACCCCUUUCUCCUCCAUCAUUCACAUUCUGCAGUGUUUCUCUAUACAAUCAAGUUUGGAGAAAACAUCUGCAAACUCACAAGUUCAAUCAACAAACAACCAAACGAACAAUGGCACGCCAAAUCGUCGUUCUGGCACUUGUCCUUUUCGCAGUCAUUGGGUACGUUUCAGCAGCCGACGAGGCCCCCUCACAUUCUCCCAGCGGAGGUGGCGACGCCGGUGCAAUGGCACCCGCUGCAGGGAAUGAUGACAGCAUUGGCAAUACUGAUGAUGAUGCAAGUGCACCUUCUGGAAAUGGUGGAGAUGAUGAGGUUGUUGCUGGGCCUGUUGGGAGCGAGACUGGGCUUGGCCCAUCUGGGGAGACACCGCAGAGUGGUGCCGCUGGUAUUAAGGUCUCCGCCGUCGCUGGAGUUGCCGGAGUUGCUGGCUUCUUCUUCUUCUAAUAAAAAAAGAAGAUGAAUUUACUCUGUUUUUUGAAAAUGUUUUGAUUAGUGUUUUGUGAUUUUGUAUAUUUGAAUAAAUUGGAGUUCCAAUAUUUCCAUCCAACAAAUAAA